AGCGGCGAAAAGAUCCCCAAGCUGCCGACGACGGACGAGGAGAAGAAGGAAAUGCUGAAGAGGGUGAUGACCGCCGUGCUCCAGAGGCCCGGGGCUAAGGCGAGGCUCAGCCAGGUCCUUCCGAUCCUGCGGCAGAUGACGGCGCCGCAGAGGUUGGCGUUGGCGUCGUUGGUGAUGGCGCAAGUCAUGGCAGAUCCGAAUGAUCCUACUCCAAUGAUCCCUAAGAGCAUGGACAACGCCACAACACAGCUGAUGCUCCCGAUCAGCAUGGACAUAGCUAACAUGUUCAAAGGACUUGCUAGAGAACAAGCUACCGGACGGAGUUCAGCCUAUGUUUCUGAAAUAUAUCAUCAAGGAAGAUUAAGGCCUGCAAGCGUGCCCAGUUUUCGUCGACCACCUCAAUCAAUGAGUGGUAUUAAUAGGCGAAAUGCUAAUGUUCAUAUAGACAAACUAGGAAGCAGGCCGAGACCAGGUAGGCCGUUGAGAAAGCCUUUAGGAUCAAAAUUGCAAACUUGUACCAAAGUAACGAACAACCUUUGCUUGGAAACAAAUGACUACCCUGAGGAGCUGAUUCUCAGCAGUAUAAAAAGCGAUGGUCAUCCUGGACGAUUUGGUAUUUUUAUGUCGGAACCUCGGCAAGAGUUGGAAUCAGAAUUGCAAAGAAGAAAGAGUGACCAGACAUCCGAUUCAGCUACCAAGGGACUAAUGUGCCAGACGAGGAUAGAAUUAGCUCGACCGAAGAAGGCUCGCGCUACUAGCGGCCAAUGGAAAUUCAUCGUCAACACCGAUGAGUACACCCAAACGCUUCGGCUCGAGAUUUGUUCGAAACCUCAAGGAUCAUGCCAUUACCUACGAGAUGAAAUUGAAUCACAGUGUGUACAAGUCUACAACUACCAUAGACUGCUUACUUGGGAUGAAAAGAAUGGAUUGACAGUGGAUGUGUUUAAGGUCCCUACCUGCUGUUCAUGCAGAGUACUCGGUUACAAAAGCGGCAACCAUUAUUCCCACAUGAUUCCAGAGAAGACAUCGCCAGCUCCGCCCUCGGAGCACAUUGAUUCUAAUCUUGUUUCCAAUGACGAGAGUCUUACUGCAGUCAGGAUACCAAUCAUACCACCUCAACCUCCAGGAAAUAGAGGCUAUACUCCACCGAAACGAGAUUCUGGAAGAAGGCCCAUUGUCCAGCAUAGAGGACCUCCACUUCCUUUGGAAGGUGAAGUACCCCACGAAGAAAUCAGAUACCCUCCACUAGAAAAUACCUUGCGAAGAACAACAAGAAAUAACACAGUUGACAGGAUAAGGUUCAAACCUACUUUGAACAGUCGACAUCCAGCUUUACCAAUAGACAGUUUGAACGCUGAUACAAUGGGAGUUCCUACCGUCUCGACAGCAUCAAGACCAACGCUUCCUCCACCUAAAAGGAUAAAUUACAGUUACCAUCCUAUCAUCGACUACUUCAGGCCGCAAGAGCAAGAAGCCAGGGCUGAGUCUAGGAUAGGGUUCGACUGGACGCCCAUUACUGGUGGAGACUCUCCACGUCGCUAUUGAAACAGAUCCCCAAUUUCUGGAUAAUCUAUGUUUGUAAAAGAAGUACAUUCCAUGUACUUCAACAAUUUUUUUCUUUCUUUAAAUUCACAUUGUGAAUUUAUUAAUUAAAGCAUUUCCAAGAUGAAAGUGCUGUAUGGUAAUAGCUGAAUUAUAAAAGCUGUCUCCAUCUUGUUUAAGCAGAAAAUUUAAAUAACGCUACUUUUCAAGAAGCCUAAUGUUUUACUAUUAACUUCCCCAUUGCGAAUAAUUCUUGUAUCGAUUUAUUGCCUUUCAACUCCUGAGAGUCUUAGAUUUAUAUCAUUUUUUUUUUUCAAUUAUUCUUCUGGUAAAUUUAUAAAAAUGAAUCAAUUCCAAAAAUAUGAACAGGGUGGUGCCAAAAAAGUAAGAAAAGAAUAAAACUAUUUUUUAGUAAUACACUGAAUAAUGUCUGACGGGCUUUAUUAAUAAAUGAUCAUUCGAUUUUAUAUAAUAUUGAUAGAAAAUUAAUUAUAAAGUAGAUCUUUCACUUCUUUAGACUGGAGGGUGUUUGGUCGAAUUUUGAAAAAAUAUUAAGCUUUGAUGGUAAACAAUGAAAAAUUCAUCUCUCCAUGACUUAUGUUAUGUUAAAAAAAUACUUAAUAUUUAUGAACUGUGUAUUAAAUCAAUUUAUUUUUUUUAACUUUCCUCAGGUUAGUAAUUUAAUUUUAGGUUUUGAGAUGGUUUCAUUUGUUAAAAAAAUACUUAUACUGAUUCUGGAAAGGAUUUUUAUUUUAAAUUGGUAUCAAAUAUGCAAUUAAAUAGUUAUCUAUAAACCUAUGUUUUUAGUGCGAAUGAAGUAUUAUGAAAAUUGGUUAAUAUUUAGAUAUCAGUAGCACUAUUGUAAAUAUAUGAGCUAGAAAAACAAUGUAAAUAUAUUUAGC